GAAGCGACCCGAUCAGCUGUUUAAGAGUGAUGUGGCUCCUCAUAACCGGAGGAAAAAAUAAGUGUCGUGAAUAGUGUGCGUGAAUAACUGAAUAUUGGAAACAGCACUGCACAGGGAAAUAUUGGUUAUAACGCCGAUAUGGCGCAAAUUUUAAUAGAGGAAUUAUCCUCUAAUGGUCUCCAUGUAAUUCAAGGGGAACUAUCCAUCUUGCUUAAUUCUAUGAGAAGGCCAUUCAAAUGGUCUUCUCAAAUCUAUCAGGAGGAGGAGCAGGAUGUCUUGAUCAAAAAUUUAAAUCAGCUGAAAGAACAACUGAAUCAAGUCUCAUCACUAGUGGAGUUAGAUUUAUUGACAGUACUUGGUCCUUUUCUUGAGGUGAUUCGAUCCGAGGACACAUCUGGUCCUGUCACUGAACUUGCAUUGUCUGCAGUCUUCAAGUUCCUGUCUUAUGGAUUGAUUGAUCCAGGCCAGGAAUCAGCUGCCAUUGUAGUUGAAAGUUUAGCUGAUGCGGUGACACAUGCAAGAUUUGUUGGAACUGACAGUGGCAGUGAUGAAGUUGUUCUAAUGAAAAUUUUACACGUCUUGAGGAUGUUGGUUCUUCAUCCUGCUGGGAUUCUGCUCUCUAAUGAAAGUGUUUGCGAGAUCAUGCAAAGCUGUUUCCGAAUCUGCUUUGAAACACGUCUAAGUGAACUCUUGAGAAAAUCUGCUGAACAUUCUCUGAGUGAAAUGGUGCGUCUCCUUUACGAACGAGUGCCGCAGUUUCCUCUACAAGAAAUUAAAGGAUCAGUCAAUUACAAGAAGUUAAAAAUGAGAACGGCUGCCUAUGAUCCUUCAAGGAAUAAGAAAAAGUCUCGAUCUCCUAAGCCGAGACCGAAAACAUUAGCCGUUCAUGCCAAUGGGAAUGGAACGUCCAAGAGCGGACUUACGGUCGAGACGCCGUCUAGUCCCUGCGUCGAUACGCCCACUACCAAAGAGAGCACUGAAUCAUUUCCCAUGCCAAAUCCAGUGGAUGAAAAUGCAACAGCCGACACGGAUUUGAAUGCCGAAACGACGGCGACUACUUGCCAAUCGAUUGAUCGUUCCUCUUCAGUGGAGGCAGAAACGCCCGUCGUGACUAUUUCAGCGGCACCAGAAGAAGCAUCUUCUCCUCAAAGCAUUGACGCUGCUGCCCAAGACUACGUCAAUGCACAGGGUGUCCGCUUCAUCUCAAACGAAUCGACUGAUCAAGAGUCUGGUGGCCGCACCCAUGUGCCCUACGGAUUACCCUGCGUCCGAGAGUUGCUGCGCUUUCUAGUGAGCCUCAUCAAUCCGUUGGAGCGACAGAAUAGCGAGGCCAUGAUUCACGUUGGUCUUAGGCUGCUCACCAUAGCCGUGGAGACAGCAGCGGACGUGAUUGCCGCCGUGCCAUCGCUUCAGACUCUGAUUCAAGACGAAACGUGUCGGUCACUCUUUUCGCUUCUGAAUUCAGAGCGAUUAUCCGUGGUAGCCGCCGCUUGUCGCCUCUGUUUCUUGCUAUUCGAAUCGGCACGAACGCGACUUAAAUUCCAGCUGGAAACUUAUCUCCUGAAGCUGAUGGAGAUUGUGGCUCACGAGUCACCAAAAGUAGCCUACGAGCGGCGAUUAGUCGCUCUUGAAGCCAUUUCACAACUUUGUCGCAUUCCAGGCUUAGUGACGGAGCUCUAUUUGAAUUACGAUUGUGAUUGCCAUACAUCGGAUUUGUUCCAAGAGCUCAUUAAACAUCUAUCGAAGAACGUUGCUCCAGUGGCGGCCGGUGGGAUCUAUACGAUUCACUUACUAUCGUUGGAAGCGUUGUUGAUUGUCGUGGACUCGAUCGAGGCUCAUUGCCUCACCCAGGGGAAUGGCAAAGGUAACGGUCAGUUGGAGCACCAGUCGUCUUUUUCGAUGCCGCCAGCAGCUCGAAAGAGCCGUUUAGUUGAGCCGGCUGCAGACGUGCCCUCGGAGGAGCAACUCUCUUCAGUCCGCCAUAAAAAAAAGCUGUUAAUAGCAGGUGCUGAGCAAUUCAACAGCAAGCCCGCCAAAGGAAUUCAAUUUCUCCAGGAGAAUGGCCUUUUGGCGGAUCCAUUAGAUCCGACGCAGGUAGCCGCUCUACUCCGAGAAUGUUCACGACUCGAGAAGAAGAUGAUUGGAGAGUACAUCAGUAACCGAAAAAAUCUCAACGUUCUCGAAGCCUUCGUCCGUUCUUUCGAUUUCCACGGCAUCCGCAUCGAUGAAGCUCUCAGAUAUUACCUGGAAGCCUUCCGCCUCCCAGGAGAGGCUCCGUUGAUUUCUCUCUUGAUGGAACAGUUCGCCGACCAUUGGUUCAAAUGCAACGACGCUCCAUUCUUCAACGCUGACGCAGCUUUCACGCUGGCCUACGCCGUCAUCAUGCUCAACGUCGACCAGCACAACACGAACGUCAAGAGGCAAAACAUUCCCAUGACGGUGGAUGAGUUUAAGCGAAAUUUGACCAAAGUCAACGGUGGUCAGGAUUUCGAGUCUACGAUGCUUGAGGAGAUUUACCAGGCGAUUCGCAGCGAAGAGAUUGUCAUGCCGGCUGAGCAGACGGGAUUGGUCAAGGACAACUACCUGUGGAAAGUGUUGCUGCGGCGCGGGGCCACCAAAGACGGACGCUAUAUUCACGCUCCCAACGGACUCUUUGAUCGCGACCUGUUCACCUUGUCCUGGGCGCCCACAAUGGCGGCUCUAAGCUGUCUGUUGGACAAAGCCCAGCCUGAAGGUAGCGGCAUCGUCGAAUGGGUUUUGCAAGCCAUCAAGAAAAUGUCGACAGUGGCGGCUCACUUUGGCCGCAGCGAUGUCUUUGACCAUGUUGUCCAGACGAUGAUCAAGUUCUCUUGUCUACUCCCCAGUGGCGACAACCCACCCAUCCAGGCCGUCGCUUUUGGACAGAACCGCAAAGCCCAAGUGGCCACGACCACAGUAUUCCAUCUUGUGCAACGUCAUGGCGAUAUCUUACGGGAUGGAUGGAAGCCUCUGGUCGACUGCAUUAUGCAGUUUUACAGAAUGCGCGUGCUGCCGGAUGAGCUGGUCGAGGCCGAAGAUCCUUUUGAUCCCAACACUAAAGUGAAGCUCCUGGGAGAGGACAUACCGCUUCGAUCGGAGACCUCGGGAUUGUUCAGCUCCAUCUAUUCUUACAUCGCCCUCUCUGAGGGAUCGUCCAGUGGAAGGGCAGGGUCUGCCGAAGAACAGGAAGCCCUUAGCCGGGCCAAAGCUUGCGCUGUGGAGUGCAAUAUUGAACAACUGAUUUCAGACUCGAAAUUUCUACAAACUAACGCCCUUCAAGAUUUCAUCAAAGUUUUGAUUGCUUCCAACGAUGUGGCCUCUUCCAGCACGGAUGAAUUUACAGUCAUCUUUGUUCUCGAAUUGAUUAUCCGCAUCACCGUCCAGAAUCGCGAUCGAGUCACAUGCAUUUGGAAUCCAGUUCGCGAUCACAUUUACAGUUUGGUAAUGGGAGCUGCAGCGUCUGAUCGAAUUUUCAUUCUGGAACGCUCCAUCGUCGCUCUCCUUCUGUUAACUGGUCGAUUGAUGCGACGCGAAGAUGUGGCACCCAUUGUACUUCAGUCUCUAAGAAUGCUGCUAAUGCUCAAACCUCAAGUUUUAUCAAAAGUGUCUCGACAAGUUUCUUAUGGUCUUCACGAAUUACUGAAAACUGGAGCGGCCAACGUCCAUACGACGGGUGACUGGCGCGUGCUCUUCACCUUGUUGGAAUGCGUCGGAGCUGGCGCCCAGCCACCGUCAGUUCGCGGAGGUGAUUUGGCUCCUUCUGUCUCGAUGGAAGCCAUUACCGAGUCUGCCGCCGUUGCUGCCAAUGCAAACACAGACGCGCCUGCUGACGUGUCUGGUUCGAUCGACCGGGGGUACACAUCCGACUCAGAGCUGUACGAAAGUCGAGCCAAUCGAUCGGUUUCAGCUCCCGGUGCUUCGGGUGUACACGGAUCUAGUCCAGAAUUAAAUGUUCCAGUCGGCGGAGGUGGCUGGAUUUUUGUCGGCCGUCAAGGAGAAAUUGAACAUUUGAAAGGCAAACAAGCUCCUGGAAGAGAGUAUAAUAUUGUCCACGACCGCAAAUUGUUGGCCCAUGAUCCAUUGGCUUUUGUCAAAUCGUGUGAGAGUUUGACAUUCCUCAUUCGCGAUGUGGCUCACAUAACGCCCGAGAAUUUCGAGUGCGCUGUCCAGUGCAUCCGCACCUUUGUUGAGGCCAGUCUGAACGGUGGAACCGCUGCCGCGAAUAAACCGAAUCACGGCGGCCGCCCUGUGCCUCAAGAGAAUUUCAGACGUUCCAAAUCGUUCCACACGAGCGACCAGUCGACAGAAUGGAACGAAGUCCAGGAGUUACCCACCAAUUAUCACCAGGUUCCUGUUCAAUUACUGGAUCUGAUGCAUACACUGCACACCAGGGCAGCUCAGAUAUACCAGUGGUGGGCAUCGGAAAGUGGCGAAGUGGAUGUGGCUUCAGUGGACGAAGAGAAAAACGCUACCACAAGCUUCCAGUUGGGUCCAUCUCUGUGGUGUCGUGGCUGGUGUCCUUUACUCCAAGGCAUCGCCCGUCUCUGCUGCGAUGCUCGUAAACAGGUCCGCACUACGGCCAUCACUUACUUGCAACGAUCUCUUCUGGUCCACGACCUCCAGAGUUUGUCGGCCAGCGAAUGGGAAUCUUGUUUCAACACGGUGCUCUUCCCGUUGCUGGCCAAACUGCUGGAGCCUCAACGUUCUUCGGCCACGACUCGAGCUCAGAUGCAAGCGGAUCAUUCCAGCUGGGAGGAGACUCGAAUCCGGGCCGCCACUCUUCUCUCGAAAGUGUUUCUCCAGCACUUGGGGCCGCUCAUUCAACUGCCAACGUUCACUGCGCUGUGGCUGACGUUGCUGGACUUUAUGGACAAGUACAUGCACGUGGAAAACAACGACCUGCUGGCCGAAGCUGUACCUGAAAUGAUGAAGAACUUAUUGCUGGUCAUGGAGACGGCCGGCGUAUUUGGAACGAACGCGGACGAAUUGGAUCAAACGUCGAAUAAAACAUCGAACACGUCCUCGCCUCAAGCGCUUCAAAUGAAAACGCAAUUGUGGAACAUGACUUGCGAUCGCAUUGACGUUUUCCUUCCGGGUCUGCGUCAAGAAAUCACUCGGUCCAAGACUCCAGUCGCUAGAGUCCAGCCUCUACCUCUUGUGGAAGAUUCAUCUUUAACCACCAUCCAAAUUCCAGAAGCGGAAGUGCCGGAAUUGGGACAAGAAGCCAUUUCAUUGGAGUCCAUACCAUCGGAACAAAUUGCAACCGAUCCUGAGCCGCCAAGACCAGAAAAUGUAUUGGAAUCCGAACAAGUUUCCCUGACGAAUCCUGCCGUUGAUAUUCCGGAAGAGCAAACUCUUCCUGGGCAAACGACGAUCGAUGACACAACCAAUUCCACUGCGAAAGUUUCUGAGGAAACGGGAUCGUCAUCAACCAACUUUGUCCCUUCUUCCGUGUUUUCCGUUUGGAAUGUUCCAGAUCCGAGCGAUGCGGCGGCUCUGUUCUUCCACGAUCUGACGCCAGCUCCAGCUGACGACACACCGGCAAUCAGCGACACUUCAAGUAUUCUCGAAGACGAACCCAUCAACACUUUGGACUGUCACCAGACGCCCAUCUCUCUCAUACCGGAAGAUGGAUCCGAUAUUCCGGUUGUUCCGUUGCCCGUGUUUAGCACCGCCGCACCAGCGGCGGAGGAGAAUAAAGUUGCCGAUGCUACAGCAGAAGAAAAUCAGGAUCCCGAAGAACCGCAAUCAGUUGCAAGUUUGCCUCUGCUUUUAGUCCACGAAGUCAACGAUCCAUCACUGACACCUGUAUCGAUUUUAGCUCCAAUCAACACUCAGGAGGAUAAUUAACGGCGAAAUCAUCCGUUUGAUUUUCUCGAGGAUUUUAUUUUUAUCAAAUUAAGUAGUGAAAGAAAGAUUAUUUGUAAAACAAUAAAAACAAAAAGUACUAUUAUUCUUUUUUUAAAAAAAAAUGUCAAAUUUUUUGUGCUCGCAUGUGUGUUGAUGGAAGAAUUAAUUUUGUCGUUUAUUUUCACUCUUUGUCCAGAGUGUGAUGCAAUGUUUUGAUUGCCAACGGUGUACUGUGUAGAGAAAACUAUCUCUUUAAUUAUAUAAUCAUAUUACCAAAAUUUGUUUCCAUCAUUAUUACACAACAAAUUGCUAACUGAUUUCAAAAAAACUAAAAACUAAUUGCGUGUUCUACAAUAUACAAAAGAUUCUUAAAGCGCCAA